GAGGACGAGGAACCUAUCGUCUGAGGAGGUAACAAGGAAGUCGGGAUUUGGCCUGAUCCUAUACUUCGGAUGACAGCCUCAGGUCAGCCCCCUGGCUAAGAGACCUACCUCUGCCUGUUUUUUUUUUCUUUCCUUUUCAAUACCAAUCUCCAAGCUACGUAUACUUCCAAAUGUAUACCAGCCAGCUUCCCUCAGCCGUGCUCUAACCAGCAGGCUAUAAUGAGACCCCCCAUCAACUCUAGCCUCUAGACCCCUCCUCUCUCUAAGCCUGCGCGGCCCUUGCCAGAUGUUGCCCUCACUUCAAAUGCACCAUAUGGUGCAGCCUUCACUGCACCUUGACUCUCCAUCACCCAUCCAACUAGACCGCAGACAGGGCCGCCUGUCUUUCCCUCAGUAUGGAGGCAUCGCCGCAAGAGCUUCUGGGUCGUCACUGGCUUUCGGUUUCGCGCCCGCCCACCGAGCCUUCCCCAUUCGUUCUUCACAACCGCCGGCGCCAUCCCUGCCGACUCAUCCGAGGUCGAACGCGUUCAUGAUUCCGUCCCACCUAGCCGAACACGACGAACAUCAACUUCGACGCAAAACCCCGAACGGUACAAUAGAUGCCGGCUACGAUGGGAACCCAGCCCAGCUCGCGUCUGGUCCGCCACCCUUAAAGCACAUGAUACUACCUGCAUCUUCUAAUUUUAUACCCACUGCCGUCUACUCGCAACAAGACGGUCAUGCGAUCAAGCACCAAGCCAAACUCUCGGCUGACAACUGGUCUUUCCAGUCUGCAAAUUUCAAUGUCCCAGACCAUAGUAACCUUCUAGGUCCCGACUCGAAUUCAUUGGCUUCAGGAGGUGGUUGGCAUCACGGUUUCGGUAAUGAUUCUCACAACUUCGUGGCCCUUGAUUGUACACCUGGUGGUUUGUCUACGGCCUACUAUCCUUACAAUAAUGGCGUCAAGAUCCCGACAGCUCUGCAACCUAUAUAUCAGCAUUCUCCAGGGCCGGCCAUUUUUGACAAUGGGGGCCUCCUUCCACCCUCAGCCUGGCCCGAUGCGAACAUGCCUACUUAUCAUCCUACCGCACACCCAGGAGCCUUGAGCCACCAUAAUAUAAGCCAUCAAUCAAUGUCCCAUAUCCACUCUGCCAAUGUGCUCAUGCCGUCAAGAACUCCCUACAAUACCCUCCUACCCCGUUACGACGAACCCUCGAUAGGCUUGCAGGCGCCAGCUCAUGGGCUAGAGUCUCUUACACUUGAGUCUACUCCGUUUCACAGACCUCGACCUGAGUUAAACGAGCCCACUACGCCCGGAAUGUUUAGAGAGAAGGCUCUCGCAAAUGCUCAUCGGUCUUAUAUCGAGCUAUUAGCGUAUCUCCACCAUAAUAGAAAGUCGCACGGUCGCUCCACGCAGGAAGUCAAAACUUCGAAAAUGGUCAUAUUCCCGAAGCUUCCUCGCCCCCAAAGUCAUCCUAGUUCUGCUACUUCUUCACGGCGGCCCCAACAUGCCUUUGGGGAUUUGGGCGGUAGCAACGGUCACAUAAUGGGUUCGCGGGCCGAUCCAUCGCCAGAGUCAUUCGGGCCGCGUGUCAUGAAACAACAACCGCGGAGCGGCGGAACGUCGCAUUCGGCCUUCUAUCAUUUAUUCAACUCGGAAAACUCGGGGUACCCUAUCGCCGACUCAGAACGAGUUACAACAUCCAGCACGCCCCUCUCCGGCGCUAAAACUGCUGUGGUAAUGUUGACACAUCUGUGUGAACAAAGCGGCUGGAAAUGGGUCGACGGAAUGCUGCUUGGAGGCUGUUUACACUAUGGCCUCGAACAUUAUGAACAAUCCUUAGAAUGGUUCCAAAGGAUCGUAUCCCUAGAUGAGACCCAUGUUGAAGCAAUUUCCAAUGUCGCUGCUGCCCUGUACUGUCUUAACCGACAUGACGAGGCGGAGCGUCAUUGGCUGCGGGCCGUCCGCCUCCGGCCAAGCUAUCUGGAAGCUGUUGAGCAUCUUGUAGGACUCCUCUGUUCGAACCACAGGAGUAAGGAAGCUGUUGAUAUAAUCGAUUCGGUCCAGCAGUCUAUCCGCCUGCAUAAUGUCCGCCUCAGCUAUGACGUGGGCGUAGACGCAAGCAAUGGAAUUAGCGAACCCAUAUAUGGUGCGCCUGAAUCGCAUGCGCCUAUCCCCCCUGGGUCAACGAACAACGGGGGUGACUUGCAAGAGUCAAGGCUGCCUGGGUUUAGCUCAAGUGGCUAUCGCGUAGCUGGUAGCGAGAACGGUCGUGUAAUUGCACUGAUACACGCCAAAGGAAAUAUGUUGUAUGCACUAAAGGAUAUUGACAGGGCUUCCGAGGCGUUUGAGGAGGCAGUGCUCAUCAGUACUGGACGAAAGCUUCGAUGUAUUCAUUCGCUCAUUCGUAAGAUACAAUCGGUUCUAUCUCCCCCUGAUGCCUUUGGAUACACAAGGCGGAGUAAUAUACAUGCGCCCUCCUCAGGACCAUUGCUAUUACCGCCGGAGAGGGCAAGGCACACGGCCCAAUUGGUGUUCGCCACUCAUGGCGAGCUUCCUGGGUUACGUUUUAUGCCAGAGGGGACACCGAAAAGGUCUGCGAUAUCUACCACGAGCAAUUCGCUACUAUCAUUAGCAAAAAUCUUCCAAGAUGCCAUGUCUAAUGGGGGCACCUUCCCGAGGCUCUUGCGUCAGCCCUCUGGCAUUGGUGAUAUUUUGGCGCUCUACUAUCUCUCCCUAUCACUUUCCGAGAGCCCCUCAACGGCUAACAACGUCGGAAUUUUGUUGGCCAGUGUUCAACAUACAAGUUCAACACAGCAAUCGCACAUGUUCGAAAGCCCGAAUAUUCCGCAAAUCCCGGGAAUCGCUCCAGGCAGUGGCCUCGCUCUAGCUCUCGCCUAUUAUAACUACGGUUUAAGCUUGGAUUCCAAACAUGUCCACCUUCAUACGAACCUCGGAAGUCUGCUUAAGGAUAUCGGACAGCUUGAUCUAGCAAUCCAAAUGUACGAACAGGCCGUGGCUUGCGACGGGAACUUUGACAUCGCCCUUACAAACCUAGCCAAUGCUGUCAAGGAUCGUGGCCGCAUUAGCGACGCCAUUAUCUACUAUAGACGAGCCGUCAAUGCCAAUCCCGAUUUCGCGGAAGCUGUGUGUGGUCUAUCCACUGCUCUCAACUCCGUCUGCGAUUGGAAUGGCCGGGGUGGUGUGCUUUUGCAUGGCGGAACGUAUGACCGUUGGCAUGUUGACGAAAAGGGGAUGCUUCGGGAUGUGAGAAAUGAAGGGGCCGGCAGCGGCUUGAUGAAAAGAGUCGUUGAUAUUGUCUCGAAACAACUCGCGGACUCGUAUCAUUGGGGCGCUGGUGCCCUGCGAAACGGAGCUCUCGAAUUAUUAAGCCCCCAACUCAGCCUAUCAACAAUAGAGACGCAACAGUUAAACAUUGAGAACGAGCUUCGUAAGUGGGCCGGCCGCCCGUGGGAAGGCUCAAGAAUUUUGCGGCUUGUGGAACGCUCGAUGAAAACGACGAUGAGGCGAUGGUAUCUAGAUGUCCACGUCCACGGCCGGCCGUCACAGUCGGGAUACCCCCGGCUAAGAUUGCCGCCUUCGCUAGCUGUACCAUCUGCACCCACGGUACUUCCUUUUCACACCUUCACUUGUCCGUUGACGGCCAAGGAUAUACGGAUGAUUUCCCAAAGAAAUGCUGCUAGGAUAUCAUGCUCGACUCUCAAAUCAGCAUGGCUUCCGAACUCCGUUUAUAUGCCGCCGCCGCCUCCUCGCCCACACCUUAAUGUCGGAUAUGUUUCUUCGGACUUUAAUAAUCAUCCACUUGCACACCUGAUGCAAUCCGUAUUCGGAUUCCACGACCCAUCACGGGCGAAAGCCUUCUGUUAUGCCACAACUGCUAGUGAUAAGUCGGUCCACAGGUUACAAAUCGAGCGUGAAGCCCCCGUGUUUCGUGACGUGAGUAAUUGGCCAUCAGAGAAGCUCGUGGAACAAAUAGUCAGGGACGAAAUUCAUAUUCUUGUCAACCUCAACGGCUACACUAGAGGGGCAAGAAAUGAAAUAUUUGCAGCUCGACCCGCCCCGAUCCAGAUGUCUUUCAUGGGGUUUGCUGGCACACUCGGAGCCGAAUGGUGUGAUUAUAUCUUGGCCGAUGAAACCGCCAUUCCACCUUCCACAUUACGGCCCAUGAGAAGCAACAUUAGUCUAGAAGAUGUUUUCCGAGAUGACGAGUUCAGUGAUACUAACGGUUGGAUGUAUUCCGAGAACAUCGUUUUCUGUCGCGAUACUUUCUUUUGUUGCGAUCAUGCGCAGUCAUGCGAUACGGACGAGAGGAAAAUCACGUGGGCCGAUGAGCAACGGCGCAGGUGGAAAAUGCGCAAAGAAAUGUUCCCUAAUCUUCCAGACGACACCAUUAUCCUCGGUAACUUCAACCAGCUAUACAAGAUUGAACCGUCAACAUUUCGGACGUGGUUGCGCAUCCUCUCCAACGUACCCAAGGCAAUUCUGUGGCUUCUCAGGUUUCCCGAGCUCGGCGAGAAUAACCUCAAGAAAACGGCGAGGGCCUGGGCAGGCGAAGAUGUGGCGAGCCGAAUUAUCUUCACGGAUGUAGCACCAAAACAACAACACAUCUCACGAGCCCGUAUCUGCGAUCUCUUUCUGGAUACGCCCGAAUGCAAUGCGCACACAACCGCAGCCGAUGUUCUAUGGUCUAGUACUCCGUUGUUGACCCUGCCCAGAUAUCCUUACAAGAUGUGCUCACGUAUGGCGGCAUCAAUCCUCAAGGGGGCAUUGCCAAAGACGGCUCAAGGAGACGAGAUCGCCCGGGAACUUAUUGCUUCCAAUGAUGCGGACUACGAAUCCUUGGCGACUCGGCUUGCAGGAAGCCUCACUUAUCAAUACACAAAUGGCCAAUACUGUGAAGGGUACGGGCGAUUAGCUGAAAUACGAAGGGUUCUUUUUGACGCAAAGUGGACAUGCGCCCUCUUCGACACACAUAGAUGGGUAACUGAUCUCGAAAGAGCAUAUCAAGAAGCAUGGCGGCGUUGGGUGGCUGGAGAGGGCGGUGAUAUUUACCUAUAGGAUGGCGAAGCAUAUAUGCAAGAUGAGAGCAAUUUUGAUGCUCGAUUUUGCACCUGAUGUCGAUGGGAAACGAUGUCAAGUACUCGAAGCUGCUGUGGAUAUUUUUAUCUCAUUAGAUAUAAUAUCUCCUUCGGUAAUACCUUAGGGAGCGAGGAGUUCUGGCGACUUGGGAGGGAACCGGCGUGUCAAUUAAGCCUACGCCAGGCCCUUGUUUGCAUUUUCCAACCUGGUUAUGAGACAGGUAUACAUGAAGAAUUCAAUUUCUAUGAUAGAAUAGGUGACGGACUCGGACCAAGUGCUGGUAGGGUUACGUCACAUAGGGACGGGAAUUUCAAGUCGUUUCAGUAGCGACU